AUGACCAAGGGGCUACCGCUAGUCAAACUUUUGGAGGCUUGGUUCCUUAGAAACACACCAGUAGCAGCCAUUGGGAAACAACCAAUGCCAGUUUUCUCUUCUCCGGUAUCAUUUAUACUAAAUCCGAAGCAGAGACUUGCCAUUGUUGGUGACACCUCCAAGACCGACUUCCUGUCCGUAUUAGCAAACAAAUAUGUGGCCGAGCCUCCCCAUUCUAGAAGCUAUCCAGCGUCUUUGAAGGAUCCGAAAUUCAAGACAGAACUACUAAGGUUUGUUAACAACGGAUCAUGGGGUCAUGGUGCCUCAAACUCGUCGGGUGGGUUCACACAUUUAUCAUCAAGAUAUGAGUUUUUCAAAGACUUGGAGGUUGAUGAAAUUGUUGAGAAUUUCAUUGCAGAUAGAUCGUAUAAUUCGAAUAUUGAAUACAGCAAGGAGAAGAUAAGUAAACUAAUCCAUAAUUUAAACUUAGUUGGGUUACAGGGACAAUUCAUCACCACUCUAAGUAACGGGCAGUUUCGGCGUGCAAGAAUUGCCAAGGAACUAUAUAGGGAGCCUGCUAUCCUAUGUAUCGACGAUCCAUUUUUAGGGCUAGAUCCUUUUGCCACUAAUACAGUUAACGAUGUGCUAAAGAAAACAUCUUUCGAUAAAAACAACAAGACUACUAUUGUCCUAGGAUUCAGGGUUCAAGACGAAGUUCCGAAGUGGGUUGAACAUGUUGUGAUUGUAAACCAAACAGGUAUUGUUAAACAAGGUACAAGAGAUGAGUUGUUAUAUGAUCUGGAGAGGUUGCAAGAUGAUUUCCAUAGAAAACACAACCAGCUAGAAAAUAAGUUGAGGGCGAACUUUGGACAGCAACGUAAACCUUCAAAUAGAGAGGUACUUCAAGGAAAUAAAUCUAAUUCUCCAAUUAUUGAGAUGAAAAACACCAAUAUAUCAUACAAGGGUAAACCAAUUAUUAAGGACCUCAAUUGGACUGUUAGAGAAGGCGAAAAGUGGCAUAUUAGAGGGCGUAAUGGAUCGGGUAAAACGACAUUGCUCUCUUUGAUUACAUUAGAUCAUCCCCAGUCAUGGAAUAGAACAAUAAAAGUUUUUGGAGUUGAACGGGCUCCUGGCAAAGUGAACUAUUUUGACACGAACAAAUAUAUUGGAUUUACGUCUCCAGAGUUACACGCCAUUUAUCCGAAGGAUCAUACUGUCUUUGAGACCAUUUCCACGGGAUUCGUAGUUGGCUCUUAUAUCAGGCCACGUGACAACCUAACCGCUGAACAAGUCACCAAAAUUAAUCACUAUUUGACGCUGCUAGACAUAUCCCAAUUGAAAGAUGAGAUCUUUGGUGAUAUCCCUGUCAGCAAGCAAAAAUUGGUACUUUUGGUAAGAGCGAUUAUAAAUGACCCUAGAAUAGUUAUCCUAGAUGAAGCUCUAAGUGCCAUGGUUGAUGAAGACGUCAUCAAAGGUAAGAUACUAAUCGAUAACUUAGAUGCCACAUGUUUGGUGAUUGGGCAUGUUGAGGAAGAAGUUCCAAAGUGCAAUAAGUAUAUCCUCCUUAAUGAUGCUAAACGGGGGCAUUAUGAAAUUGGUAAUGUAUGA